AUGAUUACAACAAAAGACGAUAUUAGCAGUAGUAACACUUCUCAUGAUCAUCACAUGCCUCCCCGACGAAGACACGCCGUUGUUGAUAUUGAUCCAUACAACCUUCACAACAAAGAUGCUUCUGAUUUAUUAUCGUCUACAUCGUGGGCUUCUUCAUCCCCACCCUCCUCCGAGUUGCAAAAUGACGACGAUACCAACAGACUCGAAUCAUCACAGCACCCUGCUAACUUGCAAUCGUUUGAUAUUGAUGUCGAUGAUCAGGUGAAUCGUGUUCUGGUGGUAGAUGAUGACAAAGUGGCCCGACAAGUUUUAGCAAAAUUACUUGAACAGUUAGGAUUUGAAGUCAAAGCAGUAGAAGGUGGAAGGCAAGCACUUGAAGUUCUCCGAGAGGAAGGAAGCAAAUACAGAUUACUACUUGUGGAUGUGCUCAUGCCCGACAUGGAUGGCCUACAACUGCUCAAAAUCUUUAGACAAGCUUACUCUGAGGACAUGCCAAUCAUCAUGGUUUCGUCAAGCGAAGACCCUGACACCAUUAAUCAAUGCUUUCAAAGCGGUGCAGAAGAUUUCCUUCAAAAACCUGUUCAACUAGAGAUUUUAAAAAGACGUGUGAACAUGUGUCUUGAAGACAGAAUGAGAAGGCGGAAAGAGAAAGCCUAUCAAGAAAUGUUAAAGAAUGAACGAAUUAAUCGGAAAAAACUAACUCUUCGUGUUAAGGAGCAAGAAAAAGAAUUGGAGCAAAUCAAAUCACAAAUGAGCAGUGCUGUUGAAACUCCAAUGCAAGUAGUCAUGAAAACCAUUGCAGAUCUAAUGGAAGGAAAAUACUCGAUGGAAAAUUAUAAGGGAGCUCUAAUAGCAAUUUUACGAUCUUUAGGUUCUAAAGACCUUUACAAACCUGUCUUUUCUAACUUGUUGAAGAAAGGGGAAAUUGAUGACUCUACUAGACGAUGGCUUCAAACCGAAUUCAUGAAUGAGGAUACCAGCAAGUCAUCUAAUUCUCCAACAACUCCUUCAAGUCCUGAAAAACUCUCACCAUCCUCCUCAGCUUCAUCUUUUCCAAGUAACACGACUAACGAGAAAACAUCCACUGCAACAACUACGGUCUCGCUUAAACCUCUCACGCCUCAUCAUCACCACCAUCCAUUGAAUGAACAACAAACAUCUCUUUUACACAAGCAAGUAGAUGAUAUUGUGACAAAACCCAUCCCCGAAGAUAUAGGUGCCAAUACUUUCAACGCCAUGAAAUAUACGAGUGAUGAAUUGAUUCAAUUCGUGGUGCACAUGUUUGAAAGUUUAGGCCUCAUUGACAUUUUCCAAAUACCUCCAACAGAAAUUGUGAAUCUGCUUCAGGUUGUCAAGAACUCUUACAAAGAGAAUCCAUAUCACAAUUUUACUCACGCGGUUGAUGUUACUCAAUUUGUUUAUCAUUGCUUACUCAUCGAUAAGAUUUCUGCCAUGUUUACUCCACUUGAAAAAUUUGCCUUAAUUUUCGCAGGUACCAUGCAUGAUGUGUGCCAUCCAGGAGUUAACAAUAAUUACCUUAUUAACGUUAAGGACGAACUUGCUCUCAUUUACAACGAUGUGAGCAUAUUGGAGAAUCAUCACGCCUCUCAGGCCUUUUAUAUUCUCAGAAAACACAAUAUUUGUUCUGGCUUAACUAAGGAUGAAUUUAGAGAGUUCAGACGUUUGGUGAUUAACACCAUUCUCUCGACAGACAUGUCCCAUCACUUUGAAAUUCUCACCAAAUUCCAAACUCGUCUCCAAACAGGUGUGACACUCUCCAAAGAAAGUAAGGAAGACAAAUUGCAACUCAUGGGAGUCAUUCUCAAAUGCUCGGAUGUGAGUAAUGCUGUUCGUCCAUUCCCAAUUUCCGAACAAUGGGCCAAUCUUGUUCUCGAAGAAUUCUUCAGACAAGGAGACUCGGAACGAGAACGUGGUCUUCCGAUCUCUCCCCUAAUGGAUCGCCGAACGGUCGACCGUCCCAAAUCGCAACUCAAUUUCAUUGACUACAUUGCAGCACCGUUGUUUAAUGCUCUUUUCACUUUUUGCCCAUCCUUGAAGUCGACGGUCGGAGAGACAUUACUAAAAAAUAGGAGUCUGUGGGAAGAGAGAGCUUUGGCAACGACGAGUAGCCAUCAUCAUCCGCAAACGCCACCACGUACUUCGAGUUAUCAUCACCACCGAACUGGUUCUGGUAUGGGAAAUAAUCAAGAUUCUACUACGACAACAACUGCACACACAGACCAAACCAUUGGUGCAUCAUCACCCAUAUCAUCAAAAGGCACGACUUUUUCAUUAUCGGAAGGAUCCUUCGAACCAAAAUCUGCAACAACAACUACCACUGCGAUACCUGUACUCAUGGGAACCUUACCGGAACAUUUGGCCAAAGCCAAAGGAUUUACCAUACUCCUCGUUGACGAUGAGAGUCAGCAAUUUGCAAAACAAGUCUUACCAAGUAUUCAAGCUCUUAGUUACACUUGCAUAACAACAACGCCUUCACAAGCAACCACACAGAUCAAGAGUACAAAAGCAGAUAUCAUCAUUCUCAACUAUGAUCUUGAUCAUAUCACCGAAUUGGUACCAAAAAUUAGAUUGGUAAACCCAAUAAUUCCGAUUAUCACAAUCUCUUCAACACCCAUCCAAACAGAUUGGUGUCAAGCAAGCUUUGUUCGCCCAGUGAAUAUUGUAGAUCUUCUUCACUCCAUUGAGCAUCAUAUUGAAGUGGCUUUGGAUAAAGUUGAACCCAUUGAUAUGGAAGUUGCCCUCGAACAAACAGGAGGUGAAGAAGAAUUCUUGUAUGAAAUGCUUGAUGAAUUAAUUACCGCUGGAAAGGAACAAAUUGACAAGAUCAAACAAUCCAUUGAAACACAUGACUGGGCAACUAUGGAGCUUAAUUCACACUCACUGAAAGGAUCAAGCGCACAACUUGCAUGCAAACCACUUUCACAAUCUGCAUUGGCUGUCGAAACUGCAGCAAAGAAUCAAAGCGACACAAACAUUCAAGCAAAAGUUUCGUUAAUCGAGAAACGAUUAAACGAUUUGGCUAACUUUGUACAGAAGAAGAGGCAAUAA